ACUGUGUGAUGGGAAUCUUCCAGGAGAAGAGACAAAUGUAGGAAUGUCAUUUGGUGCGGCCCCAAAUUACAGUGUGCGCCAAGUCCGCGAGGUAUUUCCUUUUUACAACGAGGGAGAUGAGACACUGCUGGACUUCCUGACAGAGCGAGCCAGGGAGGGGGACUCGACGCGACUCAUUGUGCAUGGAAACAAGCGCAUUUGGGUUAGGACAUUUACGGACUUCAAGAACACUGACUUUCGGUGCCCGGAUGCCGAACAAAAUGAAUUGUCUUUUCGUUUUGCGCUACCAAAAUCAUCCGCAUUGUCUCAUCCGUGUGGAAAGGCUGAAGAAGGGACGCAUAUAUCGCCGGUAAUUGGCCGUGCCGUUUGUAAAAACUGCUUUCAUAGCAUGGGAAAUAGCUUGUUUGGCUCUCCGGCCGCUUGUUGCUCGCCACAUACACUUAACAUUUCGUGGGGAGCAUUUCUAGAACUUCUGAUUUACAGUUCAUCUCGGUUCACCCUGCGCUGCGGCCACAGUCUGAGCCAGGAGGCCUGCAUUUCUUUUGUUGUGUUCUCGCGUACUGGUGGGGAAGUCACUGUCAGCAUCAUCGUCGAGUCUCUCACUGUCUAUGAUGUCAUUACCCCACCGGAAAAAUUGCCGUCGGGUGUUGACACCCUCGAAUUAUAUUUGAAGACGGAAAAGGAAGAGCUGCUGCGUUGUGUCCAGAGCAUCGUUGGCGCCAUACAAGCAAUGACCGCGUCGCAAGCACAGCAGCAACAAGCAUCCGCAGUUCAGACUCAGCCUUCGCCGUCAAAUAAUCAACGAAUUCCUAAGCCUCCACUUGCUAAUUUAUUGAAUGGACGCGGAUUUGGGCUGGGGGAUUCCCCAGAAUUUGGCGAGGACAAAGGCAUGUUACUCCUACGGCGUGCAGCAGAUCUCCUUCUUCUCAUCCCUUCCUUGAAAACUGGAGAAGAUUUGACAAUUCUGCGUCUCAAUGAUUUGGCAAACCUGGUGUCGGACUUCCUUGAAUGGUACAAGAAUGGCGUGUUUUUAGCAGAACGGCGUAACGGAAAAGCGCCGACACUUAUGGAAAUUACAGCGUUUGAAGAUCAACAUUGGGCUUACUGCCCGCGUGGCCACUGUGGACUUCGGUUAAAUGAGCCCACUUCUCUUGUCGCGCUGACUCUUCAGGUCUCGGGACUUUCUCCUGGAAGUCAGCGCGAUUCUCUUUUGGGCUAUGUGAGAAAUGAUGUGCGACCGCUUUAUGAAACUGCAUCCAAGGAAAUUGCGCCUAAUGAUCAUGAUUCUAUUGUGGAUGAUAACGCGGAUAAUAAUGAGCCCAUGGCCUGUGCGGAGGAACGUGCCCAAGGAUUUCCUGAAGAAUCCAUGGCUAUUAUGCUCGGUAUUGAACCCUCCUUAUUACCGGACAUUGCACCCUCCUCAUUAUUUAUUUCUUCUGUACUUGAUGCCCUCGACAUUCUUGCCAAUCGGAGCCCCGCGUCAAAAACAACGUUUAAACAUGCCAUGGAUGUGAUGCUUCCAUGGGAUAAAAAUGGAGUAGCAACCGUGACGGUAGAAGUCAUGUUUCCUGAACAAUUUGCGGCGCUUCAAUACAUUUAUACGGGGGGCAGAGUGGAUGACAUGUUGCUUUCUCUCUCUCGCUCUCGCGCCAUUAAGCCGCAGGGGGGGAAAACGAAAUCGGAGUUUUUUAUCACGCUCGAUGAGCGAUUCUUGAUGAAACAAAUAAAACAGGCGGAGCUGAAGCAUUUCGCCGAGUUUGGACCCAAAUAUUUUUCAUACAUGUCUCACAUGUAUGGCAAAGCGGAAAAUCAUGGGAAACACGAUGCCACAUCAUACUGCAGUAGUGUCCUUUGUAAAAUUUUCGGAGUGUUUUCUAUACAUGUGAAGCGGGCGAAGCGUUUUUUGGAUACCCCAGCCGAAAUCCGUUACUUUGCUUUAAUGGAAAACGUCUUUUUCUCUCGCCGAGCUGAUGUCACUUACGAUUUAAAAGGAAGUCAACGAAAUCGUACGGCGGUGGAAGGGUCGUCUGUUCUUUUGGAUCAGGACCUCGUCAACACAUUGCGAAAAGGAGCCUUUUUUUAUUGCACAAACGACGUGAAAAGUAUUCUCAUGGACAGCUUGACGGCUGACGCCCAUUUGCUUUCAACGUCUUCUAUCAUGGACUACUCUCUCAUCGCCGCCCUCAACGAAGAUUCUCGUCAGCUUUGCCUUGGUGUGAUUGACUACCUCCAUCCCUACACAGGUGUGAAGGUAAUCGAAUCAAAGGUCAAGGCGGGGAUCGACACGGUCCUUGGCCAUGCCGGUCGCGACCCCACAAUCAUUGACCCAGUCAGCUACAGAAUUCGGUUCGCGAGAUGGUUGGAGGGCUGCUUUUGCGGGGUGCCCGACAAAUCAUUCGCCGUACGACGCGCCAUGGCAAAAGAAAAUCGACGAAUAAACAAAUGA